AUGAGGACAAAGAUGGAACAAAAAGAAGAAGAGCUGAAUUUGCUUAACCAAGAAUUUGAAGUGCUCGAGAAUCUUCCUCAUGAUCCUAGGGCCAAGCGGAACAUGGCAGAUCAUGUGUAUUGUGAUUUCAUUCGGAAAUACCCAGAUUUCUUAUCGAUCUUUAAAAAAUUGAAGCUCUGCAAGAUAUUGGGCGUCAAUAACGAAUUUUCGGAGAUGGAACAUUUGAUAGAAUUCCUUGCACAACAACGAAAACAUUAUCAACUUCUGAAAGAUUUACCUGAACCUGCCUUCCCGAUAAUUGCAAAAUACACAAUGCAAAAACAUGCCACUCUAUUUUUGGUUGAAAUCAAAAAACUACUGGGUGGUUACAAAAGUCGCGAGCAUUUUUUGCAAAACUACCAUGUUGACUAUAAGUAUUCCAUCCCCUACCUGCUCAAAGCAAUCAGCUUUUUGCUGAAGAACCAAUAUAUUGAUGGUGAUGGUGUCAGAAGACUGUUUCAAAGGGAUGAAGUACUUUGGAUUACAAAUGAACACAUCAUGGAUCUGGUUCAAAACCAAUUUCCAACUGGAAAAGAUUUGCUGUUUUCUGGGAUUGAUGUUACUGAAAACCGGUUUUGGCCAGUUGGAUAUGAUUAUUUGGAGGAAUUGAACAAACACUUCACAGACAGUGAUAAAGAUAAAAUGAACUUGAAAGCAUAUAGUGAAAAUUUGGAUAGAAGUUAUCAGAGGUAA